UCUUUAAAUAAGGAUCCAUCCCAACUCUCUCCAUAGUCCCUUGGAUUGUUCCAUCUUCUUCGCCAAGUCAGAGAAAGCAGAAACAAAAUGGAAGAAGUGAUUGACUCUGAAAGAUGGGUUGGCUAUGUGGAUUGGAGGAACCAACCUGCCUUGAGAAGCAGACAUGGAGGCAUGGUUGCAGCCUCCUUUGUGCUGGUGGUGGAGAUAAUGGCGAAUAUGGCAUUUCUGGCCAAUGCAAGCAACUUGGUCACCUACUUGGCAGAGUUCAUGCACCUCUCCCCCUCUCACUCAGCCACCACAGUCACCAACUUUAUGGGCACAGCCUUCCUCCUGGCUCUGCUUGGGGGCUUCUUGUCUGAUGCCUACUUCACUGCCUAUCAUACCUACCUGAUUAGUGCACUUCUGGAGUUCUUGGGACUGAUCAUCCUCACAGUGCAAGCCAAAUCUCCGGCGCUCAAGCCGCCUCCCUGCAGAAUCUCGGACACUUCCCUCGCUCCAUGCCGAGAAGUCUCCGGCGGCGACGCUGUGAUGCUCUUCGCCGGCCUCUACCUCACCGCACUAGGCGUCGGCGGGAUCAAGGGGUCGCUUCCUGCCCAUGGCGCAGAGCAGUUCGACGAGGACACCGUCCGGGGACGCAACGCCCGCUCCACCUUUUUCAACUACUUCGUAUUCUGCCUCUCCUGCGGUGGCCUCAUCGCCGUCACGCUCGUCGUGUGGGUGGAAGACAACUUGGGGUGGCAGUGGGGCUUGGGCAUCUCCACCAUCACGAUCUUUCUCUCCAUCCCUGUAUUCCUUGCCGGCUCCGCAAUUUACAGGAACAAAAUUCCAGCUGGAAGUCCUCUCGCCACCAUAGCCAAGGUCUUGGUUGCUGCAACCAUGAACCGCGGUUGUAACCAGAACGUAAGAAAUGCCGUGGUCGACAUGAUCCCAAUUAGCCCUGUGAGGACUGCCGAGGUGGAGGAGGGGAAGGCAGAAGAGAAGAGCAAAGAAGAUAUCAUGGACGCCGAAGGUCCAAAUGGAGAACUGAAGUGCCUCAACAGAGCAGUGGAAGGAACGCCCACGCACAGAGCUCUUGUGUGCACCGUAGAAGAAGUCGAGGAUGUCAAGAUAGUCGUCAAAGUCCUGCCCGUCUUCCUCUUUACUAUAACGCUAAGCUGCUGCUUAGCUCAGCUCUCCACCUUCUCGAUCCAGCAAGCAGCCACAACGAACACUCGCGUCGGCGGGCUCUCCGUGCCGCCGGCCUCCCUCGCCACCUUCCCCAUCGUCUUCAUCAUGGUCCUCGCGCCGCUCUACGACCACGUCAUCGUCCCCUUCGCACGCAGGGUCACCAAGAGCGAGGCGGGCAUCACGCAGCUACAGAGAAUAGGCUUCGGGUUGGCGCUCUCGGUCGUAGCCAUGGCCGUGGCGGCGCUGGUCGAGGUCAAGAGGAAGAGGGUGGCGAGAGACUCCGGCCUGCUCGACUCCACCGAACCACUGCCGAUCUCCUUCUUCUGGUUGGCGUUCCAGUACCUGUUCCUGGGCUCGGCGGACCUGUUCACGCUGGCCGGGAUGCUCGAGUUCUUCUUCAGCGAGGCGCCGGCGGGGAUGCGCUCGCUGGCGACGUCGCUGUCGUGGGCGUCGCUGGCGAUGGGGUACUACCUCAGCUCGGUACUGGUAACCAUCGUGAACGGUGUGACGGGUAGCGGACACCACGAGCCAUGGCUGUCGGGGAGAAGCUUGAAUCACUACCACCUCGAGCGGUUCUACUGGCUCAUGUGUGCUCUGAGCUCCGUCAACUUUCUACUCUUUGUGUUCUGGGCGAGAAGGUACAGAUACAGAUUCAAUGCACGCUAGUAUUAGUCUGCAACCAUUCUCAUGCUUCAAAUUGGGAUCAGAUGUAUAACCAACUUUGAAUGGAUCCAAAUUCUGUAAAAGCCAUUAUUUAGCUACUACUUGAUGGCCUUC